AUGACAGAAAAGCCGCAGCCGCUGUCGACGCAAAUCGCGACCCCUAGUCAGACCCUCUUCGCUCCGAACGUGCCAGUCUCAAAUCACGAUGUGCCACGCAAGGUCGAGACAGUAGAGGAAGAAGAGCCGUACACCAUCAAGUGUAUCUGCAACUUCUCUGAUGAUGAUGGAAACACGAUUUAUUGCGAGACGUGUGACACUUGGCAGCACAUCGAGUGCUUCUACCCUGACAGUCGCGAGGAGGCUCUCCGUGAGGACUUCGCCCACUCGUGUGCUGACUGCAAGCCCCGGCCUUUGGACCGACAAAAGGCUAUUGAGCGAACCCGUCGACUCAAGAACGGCGGCGGCGCUGCAGCGGACACACCAGACAAGAAAACCAAACGGCUGCCAUCCAAAAGCCACAAGAAGAAACCAAAACCCACAGACUUGCAAUUGAAUGGCCACCCUACAGGCCAGGAGAACGCAAAGCACGGAAGUCCGAGCGAUCACCCUCAUCCAACCAAGAAGACAAAAACUUCCCAUCGACCCUCACACUCGACCAGCUCUCAGAACGCGAAGCGUAGUCCUUCCUAUGGUAACGGUCGCUCUCAACCCAACGGGCACCCUCCAAGCCCUGCGACCACCCCUCCUGAUCUCCCGAGCGAUUUUCAAAUACACAACUACUCUGACGGCUUUUUGUCCCUGAUCAAGGAACAGGAUGUCCCGAUCGUGCAAACAAAUUCGUUCGCCAGCCUCACGAUUUCCAAUACCAUGUCUCUGUGGCUUCGGGAACCCGACCGGAUGAGACAGGAGACAGGCGAGGAGUUUAACGACGUAUUUGCUAAAUUGCCAGCGGAUCUCGAGUCGCAGAAACGCCCGCUACAAGUGGAGAGCAAGAAACUCCCCCUUGGACCGGAUAUGGUUCUGCCUUGGCAGUAUCUAGUGACCCCUUCGGCUAUUGAGAAGGACGUUCCCCUACUUGAGCUUAACGGCCAAAUAGGUUUCCAAAAAGACUACUGCGCAGACCCAGACAAUUUAUGGGAAGAACUUUCGUCUCCACUACCGUUUGUGUUUUUCCAUCCGAUGCUACCACUCUACAUCGACACCCGGAGAGAAGGCUCGCUGGCCCGCUUUGUUCGGAGAAGCUGCAAACCCAAUGUGGUCUUGGACACCUACCUCUCAGGUCAAUCGGAAUACCACUUCUGGCUCGUGAGCGACCGCUAUAUCGCUGCGAAUGAGCAGAUCACCCUGCCAUGGGACUUUAGACUUCCUAAAAAGGGCAAGGCACGCAUGCUGCACCUGCUCGGUUUGGGCGACGACGACACACGCGCACAAGACGAACCUGAUAUGGAUGACGUCGAGUACCAACGGAUUUCCGGUUGGGUUCACCGAAUUUUAUCAGAGUAUGGCGGUUGUGCGUGUGAUCUGGGCCCCAACUGUGCUUUCGCUCGCUUCCACCGCCAUUACCACGCGAAAAUACAGUCCCGGCCUACCGUGACGAAGAAGAAGCGGAAGCCAAAGACGAGCACCAUCUCACCCACUAGUACUGGUCACGCUACGAACAGUCGAGCAGCCAGUGAAGGUCAUCAAGAUGAUCCCGACGCCGACGGCCGUUCGGUCUCAGAACGGAGCAAACCACCCAGUAGAGACCGAACCCCUGCUCGCCAGGGCUCACUCGACCAGCCAGGCAUACUCACCGAACCCACAGACAGGGAAAAGAGGAAAGUUCAAAUGGUUGAGGAGUCUUUCCGUCGGAUGGAGCAGCAACAGCCCGCCCGGAAAAAGAAGCGUACAUCAGACGGUACCGGGACCAAAUCGAAGCCGAAGCCGUCGACAAAUAACGCCUCGACGGUCAGUGGCAGCUACGUUGACGCCGGUACAUCAAGGAGCAAAUCGAACUCACCCGUCAGUGGAGUCUCGCCGACUAGACAAAACCCUUUCAAAGUACCCGCCUCGCGGACAGGGUCUGUCGCGACCCAGUCAAGGCGAGAAUCCUCGGCACCUCGUCCUAUCUACUGUGACGCUGCUGUGCAAACCGAUCCUGUGGAAGGAGAGUGGUAUAGCGAGCCCGCUGAGACGCCGAAGCCAAGGCGCCGUAUUAUUUCCCUCUCGCAACGUCUGUUGAACAACCGGCAUCGUCUGCGGUGUGAUGAAGCCGAGCGACGCAAAUCACUUCCGGCUCUUUGUCCUCAAGAGCCAUCGAUUACUGCCAUGGAUAUCGAUGUGCCGGCUGACCAAAAGCCCGUCGCCAGCUCGCCCACCCCCUCGAAGGAUACGAACGAACAUGGCCCUAACAGCUCGCCAAUUGCACCGUCGGUAGGAGAUGUUGCCAUGAUAGACGCCCCACUGAGUUCGCCAAGCACUGCGAAGUCCCCCACCCAGACAGAACCAGCGACCGAGGUCCACACCAAUGGCGUUGUUAGCCCUCUGAACACAAAGUCGCCCGAAUUACGAGUGCAGAUGCCACCAGUUCCGGUAUUCAAUGAGCUUAACACGGGGACAACUGGCGCCACGACGCCUUCUUCGGCCGGUACGGUGGCGCAAUCCCCCUUGUCUGCACCUAACCUGGCCAGCCCAUUCGCAUCGUCCGCUGUGAACGGGGUCGCAGCACACCCGAGCCCGGUGAAGAAGAAGUUGAGUCUUAGUGAUUACACCAAGAGCAGAAUGAACAAGAAGCCAGCCGGGGGGCUGAAGACAUCCUUGUCGGGAACCGAAGAAUCUAAGCCGACACUGGAUGCGAUCGUCGAUUCACCAGCAACGGAAAAGAGCGUAGAGGUCCUGACACCCGUGCAGGGCAACGCAGUGAGCUCCAUCCCAGCAGUGGUGGCAGCAAACAAUUCCUUGUAA